AUGGUAUCCUCAGGAUCGAAUUCACAACCAUAUAAACGUCAGAGGGUUCGAAAAGCUUGCGUUCCCUGUAGGGAACGCAAAAGAAAGUGCAAUGGCAAAUCACCAUGUGAAAUGUGUAUCGCCUAUGGGUACGCAUGUCAUUACACCGACGUAGAUGGGUCCUCGACAUCACCUCGGGUGGAUGAGACACCCUAUGGGACAGACAAUAGACCCUAUUCCCUACCAAACAUUCUUAGGAAUGAAGCACGCAGUGUCGAUGCACAGAACGUUACAAAUCAAAACAUUAUAGAUCCCAUUAAAUCAAGAUAUACGAUUCAGCAUUCAGCGGUUGCUUUUCCUCGUUGUCUUGGUCUUGAACUCCGAUCAACUAAUCCCCCACGUUUGCAUUCCUUCGCUUGGCAUUGUGGAAUCAGGCCAGAAGAAAAUCCUAAUUCCCAUAUCCUUCUAUCUGGUUUAGUUACAAAAGAGGAGUACUACCGCAUUUCGAAAGUAUACUUUUCUGUCGUUCAUCCGAUAUUCGAUGUUGUCGAUCCUGAGCAGCUAGCAAAGAAUGUUGAAAGAUAUUGGGACGGCGACGUGAAAAUGCUAGAGUAUGGAGCCGUCAUUGCGGGAGUUAUAGCUCUAGGAUCAUUCUUUCUGGGAAGUCUUGGUCAUCCUCGAGAGAUGGAUGUGGUUCAAUACGCGAAAGGCAUUCUGGAUGAUCCGACUUUCUGCCGCAUUCCUACUGUGGAGCAAGUCUCUGCGUGGGUCUUGCGUACCAUCUACCUGCGAGCUACUUCCCGACCCCAUGUAGCAUGGCUGGCUAGCUGCAUAACAAUUCACCUUUCUGAAGCAAUUGGUCUGCAUCAUGAGAUUGAUAGAGAAGAUUUAGUGAUGACGAGUAAUGUCCCAUUGAGAAGAACUACUGAGGUUAGUGAACAUACUAGAAGAUUAUUUUGGUGUGCAUGGUCGAUCAAUACUAUUCUUUCAUAUGAUUAUGGACGCUCAAGUGUUACGCUAAAUAGAAUUACCUGUAAGUCAGUCAAAGAGACAGAGGGUAAUCAUACAGUCCACUUAGUUGCGUUAGCACAGCUGAUUCCGCAAGACUGUGUAAAUGCCAAUGCGACACAGUUACUACAGGCCCUGGCGGCCGUUCACAAAUCACCAAAUGCGCACCCGUUCUUAUCGUUGACCAAAAGUGAUAUAUGUCUCUCUUUAUAUCGAAGACUUCGUCUACUGAAUCAUAUUCUUGAUAAAAGUGUCGUUUUACAAAUAAUUGAUAUCGGCAACACCGCACUAUCAGCAGCCUAUGCCCUUGUGAAACUAGAUCAAGCAUGGUGGAAUGUGUUGAGUACAUCCUUCCAGUACGUCUGCGUGCUCCUCGCCAUAGAUACGCCAGAAAGUCUCUCACAUGUUGCCGCUGCUAUGAGGACACUCGAUAACAUUACGCAGGUUUUGGGCACGCACAUUGCAUACGAAGCACAGAAGACUGCAAAACUCCUUCUUGAGGAUUCAAUGAAAAAAAAGAGGCAAGAGAUUCAGCAACUUGAACGGGCAACACACCAAAGAUCUACUGUCGAAACGACUCACUUACUCGAUAUUGAUUGGGACGUGUUGCUCGAUCCAUCGGACACACUGAAUUUUAUGUAA